CGACAACCCUCCUGAAUGUCCACCGCCCACUUGGAUGACAUGGCUGCACAUAUCGAGCUGCCAUUCUUAUAUCAGACAAGGACAAUUCUGAGAUGGCGACCCAGAGUGAGGCGUAGAUUGGCAAAUCGUCGAGCACUAUCGAGUCAGCCUCAACCACAUCCAGAAACAACGUCGGACACAAGCACGCCCGACUCUUACUCUUAUGAUGGACAAGGAGGAUUCUUGAAAGAAAAGGCGCGCCAGGUAGCCGAGUCCUCCAAAGCGCCAGCAGCAAUCCGAUCCCGAAACCCCGUGGGAACUCGAAUCAACUCUACUAUUACUGCCAGCGAGCGGAGAGCCUUUGAGACAAUCUUGCGCUUCACUCCCAAACAGGCCGAGCCAUCCAGCGUGAAGCAGCAAUCGCCCUUUGUCGAUGCUGGAGACACAGACAUUGAGAACAUUCUCAACAUCUUCUCGUCCUCCAUCAAAAGUCAUCAAGCCGAACAGAAUGAGCGCAAACUCCAUAAAGCGGUGAAAGCGCCGUCAGAUCCAGAGCCACUGAAAUCGCCAAAUGACCAAGCGAUCGCAACCCAGGCUGAAGGCCACGCUCUGGCUGUCCCAUCUCCAGACAUCGCAUCCUUAGAAGAUCUGACUCAGUCGCCCGAACUCUCCAAAUUCGAUGAAUCCAUCCAGCAAGCAGUACGGGCUCACAUGAAGCAGAUCUACGACGCCCUUCAUGCCGCAGCCACUUCGACCACCAAACGCGGCGACAUUGCCAUGUGGGAGGUCUGCGAAGCCCACAUCUUCUCCAUCGCGAGCCAACUAGCCCCGCCGCCACGAGAGACAACAACACAGGCCAAAUCGACAGAACCACCCCGUUUCACGUUCACCAAAUCACACUCUGACAAUCCUUCUGAACUUCUGGAGGCUGCAUCACGGACAGGGGAGCCGGCAUCACCAUCAUCAACCACGGCGCCAUCCUCGACAUCCUCAUCACUCUCAGACAGCCUCCCCGUUCUGCACCACGUAUAUCCAGCGGCCCUUCUGCUCGCUUUACGACUAUACAUCCAGCACUUUCCCGCGUCUCCUUUAGCACACAAUCUCCUUCCGCGGAUCCGCUCGUUCGGACACACAUCGUACGUUCUCGGCGCCGGCCCACAAUUCUACAACUCGCUGAUUUCGCUCGUGUGGCUGACCCGGUCAUCGCUACGGCAAGUCGACGGCCUGCUCGCCGAGAUGGAGCGCGGCGGCGUCGAGCUGACUGAGGAGACGUACCGCAUCCUACGGCAGAUUGAGAACGAACGUGCCGCCGAUCUCGGUCGGGAACAGGGAAAUGCAGGAGUCCUCAGGGGAAGUAGAGGCGCUGCCUGGUGGAAGAGACAUGAACAGGUGUUCUGGUUCCCGAGGAUCUUGGACUGGUUGGCUGUUGUGGCCAAGCGGUUGACUUUAAAAGAAAUGGGUGAUACUUAUUAGACAGCCAGGGUAAGUCUCCAUAAACGUCUUGUUGACUAUAUCCUUCCGGCAGUGGGAUCGUCAACUGACAGAUGAUACAUCUUGAUAUCUAUAUUCGGUCUUCAUGUCGAGCUGGGUACAGUGCCUACUGUAUAAUCUGAUAUCUGUAUUGUAUCAAUAACUGGAAUUUUCAAUAUGCAUGUACUAUAUCUGCGGCAUAUUAGCUCUCAAUCGAUCAAUUGGUCAUGCAAUGAAUGGUUAACAACUGACAGCCAGCUCGCAAGAUGCAAGGCAGCUGUAC